AUGCCCCAUGAUCGUACUGCGGGUCAGAAACGUGGACGAUAUGAUGGAAGUACUGAGCUGUCGUCUAGGCUGGAUAUCAAUAGCAGAUCUCAAAGACAGCGACGUGACUACACUAUAAAUGAGCCCCGCUACGGACAUGUUGACUAUCACAGUCGGGGGAGCUGGGAAACCCCAAAUAGGGAUUUACAUUCUGAGCUAAGGGACAGACGGGAGUCAAAGGGGAAGGAUGUAUGGAAAAGAAUAGAACGUUUUCAUCCCUAUCAUCGUACACAAGGAAGGAAUAAAUCCCCACUAGAUAGGGGACGUGAUACCCGCUAUGUCCACGAAACAGGAAGGGAUUCUCGUUAUAAGUACGAUACUGUACCUCAUUCCCACCAAAAGUGGAGACCAAAACGUGGGCAGGGUUAUGGAAAAGGAGAGACCCAACCUUUUGAUACUCCUAAUUCCAGAAUUUCAGCUCCAAGUAGGGGUUCGCUACACCUUCCUACUGAUUCUCAGCGCACGUUAUCAGAAAAUAGAAACAGAGUGGGGGAUGACCUAUACCGUCCAUCAGGCCAUUUGGUUGUUUAUUCAAAGGAGACUGAGGAGGAGCGCAGACGUAAACUUAAAGGAAAGGCACAUGUCACGGAGGCAUCACAGAUAGCUGAAAAGCGAGAACGCGAUCUUCUCCUUGGAAGAAAACUAGGUUCGCUAUCUAUUCAGGAGCCACAUCAACCGAGGAACAUAAGGCCUCAAGAGACUAAUCCUGUCUUAGUGCAGAGAGAUGAUAUUAUGCAGGAUAAUGGUGUACUUGACAGCAGGGCUGAAGAUACUCUCCUGGAUGAUGAGGAAGGGGAAUUCACAGCAGAUGAUUUUGCGCAAAUGGAAGAGGACCUCGAGGCACAGAGGAUAGAUGAUGAGAUGCUGGAAAACGAUGAUCUCUUGGGAGACGAACUGGAGCAAGAGGCGGAGCAGAUAGAAGCCAUAUCCCAGCUCUCACCGGAGAAACCUAAAACAAAAGUGCCUAAGAAGGUGCGUGUAGAGUCUCCGGCUCUCCCUUCAAAGACGAUGCAGAUAACGAGUUCUCAACCUGCUGUGAACUCACGAAGGAAGGUAAACCAGAGUCCAACUACUAGAAGCAAACUAGCAUCCAAAAAGCUGGCUUCCCUCGGUGUAAAAGCCUCCCCAAAAAAGAAACCCGGUGCAAGUAGAGCCUCGACUCUGGUGGCCACAGCACAACAUGUCCCUCGUCAUGAGGUGUACCCUUCUGCGAUAAGCAAGAAACUACAACUCCCUCAGGUUCGGUGGUGUCCCAGAAACCACCCAGUAAGAAUAUAUGAAGACAAUAGCUUGGAAUUGUCAAGGUGCAAGAGCUGA